AUGGCUUUCUUUCGCAACAUUCUCUCUUUUGUGAUGGUGCUUUGCCUAAUUGGCAUUGUCACUCCCCAAGCAAAUGCUCAGCCCACCUCAAUUACAUAUGAAAACCCCCUCAUCAAACAACGCGCUGAUCCUCAUAUUUUCAAAUUCGACGGAGUAUAUUACUUUACAGCAUCAGUUCCGGAAUAUGAUCGCAUCAUCCUGCGUCGUUCUCAUACCAUCCAGGGACUUCAAGAUGCUGAGGAAGUUACUAUUUGGCACAAAAAAGACUCCGAUGCUGGAAUUGGUUAUGUCUGGGCGCCAGAGAUUCACCACAUCGGCGGCAAGUGGUAUAUCUACUUUGCUCUUGGUCGCAAAUCCAAUUUCGACAUUCGUAUGUUCGUUUUGGAAGGUACCGGUGAUGAUGCCGUUACGGCCGAUUGGGUCGAGAAAUCGUGGAUUGAGACCGACUGGGAUACCUUCUCCCUCGACGCUACCACAUUUGAGGUUAAUGGCACCCGCUAUCUGAGCUGGGCCCAGGCGGACCCAAGCUUUGAUGGCACAAGCAUCAUGUUGGCACCGAUGGAGAAUCCUUGGACACUCAAGCUCCCGGCUGUUGCAAUUUCACGUCCGAAACUUGACUGGGAGCGCGUUGGCGAGAGAGUAAACGAGGGACCUUAUGCCUUACUGAAGAAUGGCAAAAUAUGGCUGACGUACUCAGCUAGCGCCACAGACCACAAUUAUGUGGUGGGGCUUCUUUCGGCUGAUCUUGAUGCGGAUCUAAUGCAUGUCGAUGUAUGGACCAAGGCACAAGAGCCCAUCUUCAAGAGCAAUGUUGAGACAAGUCAAUAUGGACCAGGUCAUAACUCUUUUACCAUAUCUGAAGAUGGUAAGAGCGACAUUCUUGUAUACCACGCUCGACAGUAUCGCGACAUUGCUGGGCACCCGCUCAACAAUCCAGAUCGCCACACACGUGUACAGAAGCUGAACUGGAAGGAGGAUGGCAGUCCCGACUUUGGUGUACCAGUGGCUGACGGCGAGACAAUGUAA